AUGUUGCUCAACUCCGCGGCUACCUUGUCAAAGCUUGACCAAAUCUUCAAGCGCCGGCCGAGCUCUGUUAGAGGAUCGACACUCCCGACGACUCGUAGUGUCGACGUUGAGCAGACUCUCCCGAGUGUCGAAAAUGGUAGAAACAAUGAGCCUGAUCCGGAGCUGAAGCUUCCGAAGAUGUCUUCACUCGCGAUCGUCAUUAUGCUGAACGUCAUGUCUCAGAUUACCAUGUUCAUUCCAGUAUCUUCCGCGAGUAAAUAUGCAGAGUUCCUUGGCGGUACGGCAACGUUCUCUGGUCUGGUACUUGGUAUUCCAGUAGUGUUCGCUGGCAUUGCGUUGCCCCCACUCCUGCGGUAUGACCAAGGAAAAUACAGUCGGCCGAUCCAUUUCUCUUGCGCAGUGGCCAUAAUUGGACACAUUCUGUAUGGUUUAGCAUAUUAUGCUAAUUUCCUGUGGCUCAUCCUCAUCGGACGAUCCGUCAUUGGUUUGGCAAUGGCUAACUUUAUGUACUCGAAACGUUACUGCUCGGAUGCACGGAUUGUCGGUAUCCGUAGGCGCACGACUCUCGCCGGAUGGUUGGUCCUCGGGCAGGGAAUCGGAUGCAGCGUUGGACCCUUCCUGGGAGGAUUGCUAUUCAAGGUUGGAUUCGGCAACAGAGUGUUCAAUGGUGAUACCGCUCCGGGAUGGCUUAUGGCAGCCCUCUGGGCAGUUUACUGGGUGGCCGUCUGGUUGUUCUUUGAUGACGUACCUGACGCACCAUCGCGUCGUGAGGAGUCGGCCGUCGAGGACGAGAAGAAACCUUAUCCUUCGCAGACAUCUGUCACCCUGGCUGAAGCUGAUGAAUCAGCGCCGUCAACAGCAGCAGCCUCCACCGUUACGGUGUCUCCUUCGUCUUCUACGUCGACUUUAGACGAGUCAGAGCGUAUUACACUUCGCCAAUGGGGAGUCAUUGCUACUAUGUGCUGGUUUGCUAUGACAUGCUUUUUCGUGCUCAGCGGCUGGGAAUCCAACAUCGCUGUCUUCACCGCUGCACAGUUUAACUGGAGCCCAUUCGCAGCCGGGAACUUCAUUGCUCUUGGCGGAAUCUCCAUUUUCCCUUUCCUAUUCCUAAAUCUAUAUCUCGUCCGUCGAGUCCCCGAUCGAUUCAUCCUCGCGUUCGGUGCCUCAACUGGAUUCCUCGGUCUUCUUCUAACGCUUUUGAUCAUCCAUUUCAACAAAGCGACCUUCGGUUCGUUCUUCGUAUGUUGGUUCCUCGUCGCACUUGGAUUCAACGUCGCCAGUACUGUCACCAUGAGUCUUCUGAGUAAGCAGAUGCACCCUAAGUGGAAUGGACGAAUGAGCCUUGCGAUACAAUACAGCAACUUUACGGGACGUGUGAGCGGAUCCGUAUGGGGAGGCGCCGGCGUUCAGGUUGGAAUGGAGGCAUACGUCGGUCUUCAGAUGGCGUUGUUGGGCGUUGGGGUCAUCUUGUUCUUGACUUUGUGGAGGAACAUGAAGGCGAAGACGGGAUGA